AUGGGGACCGGCGGCGGCGAAGCAGUAGAGGCGGAGGAGGAUGUGGGAACCCUUAAACGAAUGCGGCGGCCCAGCGUGAGAUUUCACCAACCCUACGACGAGGAACCCGGAAAUUGCAUGUCCCGCAAGCAACGGGUGCCCCUCAAGAAAGAUGUAGGACUGAAAAAAAGGCGACAGGUAAAAACUACACUUAGUAAUACUAGAAAGAAUAGCGUUGUGAGUUGCUUUAGUAAUGAAAAAGAAAAGGAGAUGAUGGAUUUUGAUGAUGGCGAUGUGGUGAUUGGGACUUGGAGGAAUUUGAAAUCGGAAGCUAGAAGAAAGAGUAUCAGGCCUUCGAUUUCUAAUAAAUGGGUUUCUGUGAAAUCUCGUGAAAAUUUAGUCAAAGAAAAUGAAAAUUUUCAAUUAUCUAGCAGUCGCGAAAGCGAAAAUCAAGAAGGGGAUGAGGAAGAAAAGAAUUCGGGCGGUCAUUAUGACAUUCCUAGAAAUUUUGAGCAUGAAAAUUCGGACCUACCUAGCCCCUUUAACUUGAUUUAUGACAAAGGAAAUAACACAGUGAGUGGUGAUUAUGAUGGUGUGGGUGUUGAGGAGAGGAGGAGGAGGCUGAGAGUGGCUUGGGAUUCGAAUGAAAUGGAUGGGGAGGUGGGGCGAGUAGAAAUAGAUAGGGAUAGAGAUGGAGUGAGGAUUUGGUUGAAUCAAUUGGGAUUAGUGAAGUAUGCAAUGCUAUUUGAGGUUCAUGAAGUGGAUGAUGAGAUUUUGCCAUUGUUGACUCUGGAGGAUCUCAAGGAUAUGGGGAUUAUUGCAGUUGGUUCGCGGAGAAAAAUGUAUAGUUCCAUUCAAAAGCUCGGUAAAGGGUUUUCAUGA